UGGCGCAGUUGGCUAGCGCGUAGGUCUCAUAGCUUCUGAGUAAUCCUGAGGUCGAGAGUUCGAGCCUCUCUCACCCCAAUUUUUUUUUUCCCUUUUUUUUUUCCACUAAUUACUCGUAUUAACUAACCUAUUUUCAUUUUAACGCCUAUAUACUCGGAGUCCUCCAUUGAAGCGCCCUUCUCAGCUUUCUCUCUCCUCCAUUCAACCGCCUUCUCAGAUGGCUAGAUGGGAUGAGAUUUUAAAUCUUCCCGUGCAGAGUCCUCCAACAUUGGAGUUUAGUGCUUCGGAUGUAGUUUGGUCCAAGGUAGAAGGAUGGCGAGAUAAUAUAGAUAGGGUUGCUCUUAUACCGUUUGCUAGGGUAGAUGAUUUUAUUAGGGGUGAAUCAUCGAACAAAGAUUGCCCGACUGGGUUUCAUGUUGAGGCUAGGAGGCAUCGAAGUGCAAAGGCGUCGUACAAAGUCAAGGUUGAUGGGGUGCUUGAGUAUAUCUUGUACUGGUGUUCCUUUGGGCCAGAUGACCAUAGAAAAGGUGGAAUUGUACGGCCAAGUAGAAACACUUAUAUCCCAAAAAAGAAAUCUGCUGGACGUCCAGGUACAAAAAGGGGUUGCACCUGUCACUUCAUCGUGAAACGCCUCAUUGCCCGGCCUUCCGUUGCACUUAUCAUAUAUAAUCAGGAUAAACAUGUUGACAAGAGUGGAUUACCCUGUCAUGGUCCACAAGAUAAGAAAGCAGCCGGAACUCGUGCUAUGUAUGCUCCAUACAUCUCUGAUGAUCUUCGCCUGCGUGUUCAUUCCCUAUUAUAUGUUGGUGUACCUGUGGAAACCAUUAUGCAGAGACACAAUGAAUCAGUAGAGAAACAAGGGGGUCCUUUCAAUCGUGAUGAUCUUCUAACGCAUAGGUAUGUAAGAAGACAAGAAAAACGAAUAAGGCGAUACAAGUAUGAGCUAGAUGCUGAUGAUGCUGUUAGCCUGAGUCUGUGGGUAGCAAAUCAUCCGACAUGCGUUUUCUUUUAUCAGGACUUUUCAGAGUCUGAGCCAUUCACAGUUGGAAUUCAAACUGAGUGGCAGUUGCAGCAAAUGAUACGAUUUGGCAAUCGUGGUCUUCUAGCCUCUGACUCGAGAUUUGGAACCAACAAAUUUAAGUAUCCGGUUCACAGCCUUCUCGUGUUCAAUUCAGAGAACAAGGCUAUUCCAAUAGCUUGGGUAAUUUCCCCAAGGUUUACAAGCAGAGAUGCAUUCAAGUGGAUAAGGGCUCUACACAACAGGGUUUUAACAAAAGAUCCUGCAUGGAAGUUAGCUGGAUUUGUUAUUGAUGAUCCUUUAACUGACACUGGGGCGAUCAGGGAUAUAUUUGAGUGCUCUGUGCUGAUAUCUACAUGGCGUAUCCGUCAUGCAUUGCAUAAAGCCCUAAUGAAGAGAUGUUCUCAAACUGAAAUGCGAGUUCAAAUAUCACAACGGCUUGGGCAGGUUAUUUCAGAGAUCUGCACUGGACAAGGAGAUGUGACUUUGUUUGAUGGUUUAAUGGAGGAUUUUACGAGUAAUUCUGAGUUUAUGGAAUACUUCAAGGCUGUGUGGUACCCCAGAAUUGGGUUUUGGGCUACUAGUUUACAAACCCUUCCGCUUGCCAGCCAGGAGAUGAGUGCAGCGAUUGAAUUUUAUCAUUGUCAGAUGAAUGUAAGAGUAUUAAAUGAGAUGGAUCACAGUGCAUAUCAACGUGUGGAUUGGUUGGUCGAUAAACUGUCCACCCAAGUGCAUUCUUACCUUUGGCUUGAUGAGUGUCCAGCAAAGCAUGAUUUUGCCCGAUAUUGGAGAGAUGAGUGGAUGGAUGGGUUAACAUCUUGGCGCAAUUCAUUGAAGAUCCCAGACUCUGAUGUUAUUUUAGAAGGUCAAUUUGCCAAAGUCAUAGACCAACAAGAUCAAGACAAAAUAUAUCUGGUAUCAAAUCCUGGUUCUGAAUUUUCAAUUUGUAAUUGCACUGUGUCCGAAAGUGGUAAUUUGUGUGAGCAUGUUUGCAAGGUUAGCUGGUUAUGUCGGAAAAAAAAGUCUUCAAUACCUUCUCUCAGUUUGCACCAAUACAAGCAGGCAUUGAUCAAAAUGCUGUGUUGUACGCCUCAUGAUUCCUUGAUUCGUGAUCAUGCUGUUUCUCUAUCAGCUUUUCUACAGACACAGCUAAAUGCUUUAGCAGAUUUUGACAGCAGUGAGAGAAACAUCAAUGAGAUUGAGCAGCAAGCAGGAUUUACAAUGUCUUUGGAUAAUAAUAUUAGUUUGGCCAUCGGACAACAAGGUCAUACUGUGGUUUUAAGCAAUGCUAAUAGUAGGUUGCUAAGCAAAGGGUCUGUUGAAAAAGGGUCAUGUAAUGAUGGUGCAUUUCAUGAUGAAAUGGAGAUUGACCCUUCAUCUAUAUGUAUCUCACCUUCUGGUUUAUUUGCUAUGCAUGGAAUUCUUCCUGCUGAUAGUCUGUCAGUAAACGGGGACAAAACUCUUCUGUCAGAUUCCCGUGGUAUGAUGGAUAAUGAAGCUUCAAAAGAUUGUGACACCUCAGAUCAAGUUGAUCCAGAUGUUAUGAUGGAAGAGUCUCUAUCUAUAGAUAUCCCUCUCUCUAAAGAGUCCCAAGAUCUGUGUUCAGUUAUCAAUCAUGAUUAUGAUGAUUGUGGGGAUAAAGUUGCUGGAGCAGUCGAUUCUAUUGAUGACAACACUGUUCUUAAGUUCUAUAAGAGGUCAAAAACCGCUAAAACAGUUGGGCGUCAUCCAGCAAAGAAACGGAAAACCACAGAUAAAGAGGAUAUGAGGAAAGAGAUAUGACCACUGAAGUAAUUUACUUGUUUUAGUGAGAAAUAAUGUGCUGACUUUGUUGGUAAGAAGCAAACAGAGUUUUUUUGCUGCAAGUCUAGUUCAUGUGGAGGUUUUUGACUCAGGAAGACCCUCAAUGUGGUUAUUACUGCUUUUGAGGAGGUUGAAGAUCUCUAAAUUUCUACUAGUAUGUGAUGACAGGUAUGCCUGCUGACGACAUUGUUUAACCAUGUUAUGUAUCUACAAGGAGCAGUUCUGAGAAGUUCUUGAAGGCUCAGCAAGUCCUGAUGGGUUCUCGAGAAGAGAGGUAAUGCAGCCAUGUAGGGGCCUGUGCAACCAAGCAAAUGGCAUGAAACAAGAAUUGUCUUGUAAUUUCUGAGUAUAUGCCGUAAUUUUAAAACAUGAUAUAGGAAUUUUGGUGUUAACUUUGUGAAUAGAACGAUUUGCACUUUUAGAUGUUUGAAUGUAACUAAAAUGAAAACUUGGUUAUGCUCUGCAAAGCAGUAAGAUGUUGGAAAUCAUAGCAAUGUGGCUAUUUUGCCACCUUCUAGUAGUUACCAUUUAUUUUUAUGGAGUUAAAAUUUCUGUGGAAAUUAUUUUUGGAAAUAAAAUGCUUGUUCAACUUUAUCCUGUCA